AUACACUUGCAAACUCAGGUCGAACAGCCAUGAAGGUCAUUGUUGUGCUCGUCCUAGCUGUUUUCAGCGGCUGUCAUGCCAAUCUCUUCUACGCUGAUGCACCCAAGCCACAGCUGGAAGUGCUGACUGAUGCAUUCUGGGACUAUGUUUCCAAAGCCACCCAGACAGCUGAUGAGACGGUUCAGAUGAUCAGGAAAUCUCAGUUUGGACAGGACGUCAGUGCUCGUCUGACUGAGAGCGCAGACGUGGCCAGCAAGUAUGCAGUCACCCUCCAGGAGCAGCUUCCCCCUGCAGCCCAGGACCUGAUCACCAAAGUCACCACAGAGGCUGACGUGCUGAGAGAGCGUUUGACCCAGGAGCUCAGCACUGUCAAGGACAAACUGGAGCCCUACACCGAGGACAUGAAGGCCCAGAUCCAGCAGAGAGUGGAACAGCUCAAACAGGAGCUGGCCACCUACGCAGACACCCUGGACGCUGAGGCCCUGAGGACCACCCUGCUGCAGAAGAGCGAGGAGCUGAAGACCAACCUGGAUCAGAGUGUGAUGGAUCUGCAGGCUCAGCUGGGGCCCUACACUGAUGACCUGAAGCAGAAGGUGGACCAGCACCUGCAGGACUUCAAGGAGCGUAUGGUGCCUGUGACUGAGAAGGUUCAGAGUGAGCUGACCCAGAGAGCCCAGCAGGUGAAAGAACUGGCCACCCCCUACGUUGAUGAGCUGAGGGAAAAGCUGGACCCCUACGCCCAGGACCUCCAGACUCGUCUCACCUCGCUCUACGAGUCCUUUGUCAAAGCCAAAUAAGCCAACCUCCAUCUCAUGAUAACCUCUCUCAUCAACAAGUUCAUGUUAAUAACAGUAUGACAACACAAGCUCACCAGUUUUGAAAGCUGAGGAUGUCUUUAGAUACAGUAUAUUUAAAGUAUUAAAAAAAUAAUAAUAUUAAGUGUUGGUCUGUGACCACGCACUGUGUUCUUUUUCUAUA